AUUAUCGUUUCGUAUCAAAAAAAACACACACACGCACGCUUAGAAUUAUUGGAGUCUUGGUCAAGAACAUACUGUGGAGCCAAAAAAAUUUUUUAGAGCGGGCACACUCUUACUACAAAAUUUAAUUUUUUUUCUUUCAAUAAAUAAAUAAAAAAUGUGAUACAUUUGUAUUUUAAACAUCAUAUUUGUUAUAUCAAAAUUCAUUGAAUACAAAAUCGCCAAAAGACUGUAUACAUAGUCUAUGCAAACAAAAAAUGACAAAAAAAAAUAAUAAUUAUAACUCUACACUGCUAGGAUUUAAUACGCUUUAAACUCACAGACAAACACACACAAUUGAAGAACAAACCAAGAAAUAUAAAAUAAUAAGAAACAAGAAAUAACAAGACACAAUUUUUACGUGAUUCGAUAAUUUGCCUACGUCCACGAAACUGCAGGGUUUUCACUUUUAAGAGAGAGAGGAUUAUAGAGAGUGACUAUAUAUAGAUAGAAUCUUAAUCACCAAAGUAAUGGUCUUUUAUAUGUCCUACGCAUCGGGUCACAAAACAGGCCCAAGCCUCAAAAAAUUUUCAUUAAAAAUCAAAUAAUAUUAUUUCGGGUUGGAUUAUCAUCCGGAUCCACGUACAAACUAGACUCCACAAAAAGCCCAACAUAUACAAAAAUGGGGCCAAUUAUAGCUAUUUACAAUUAACUCUAACGAGUUUUCAUACUUUGAAUACAUUGCAUGAUAACUUCAUUACCAAUGUCAUUAAAAAAUGUCUUUUUUAUACAAUUAAUCAGUUAUCUGUCAUUUAUUAAUCAUUCGUUUGAUUAUGUAACCUAAUUUUUUUUAAUUUUUAUUGCAGAAAAUGAUCUCUCGACGGUGACAGUCGUAAUUGAUAAUAUCAACGUUGAAGUCACAAAUAAAAAACCUACUGGAUAUACCACAACUUUUUCGGUUUCAACUAUUUUUUAGCAAGAUCACCAUUUACAGUCCAAUGGAUAGUUUAGUACAGAUAAAUUAAACCUUGUUGGUAGAGCUGCUAAUGACCUUGAUCAUAUUGAUAUCAGUGCCUCUGAAUCUUGAUCCAUGUAUGUAACAGAUGAUGUAGAAAGCAUGAAGAUAAGGGUAGCGAAAGUGGUUGAAACAGGUAAAGUAGGUGAAGAACAUGUUACCGGUGAAGAAGAGCGUGAAGCUUUUAACAAAUGGACACAAGGGUUCACUUGUCAAGACCAUCCCUCUGUUUUGUUAGAGAUGGGAAAAGACAGAGACAAUAUAGGCCAAUCAAUGCCUAAUUUUAUAUACGUAUCGAGGCAUAAAAGUAGAGCUUCCCCACAUCAUUUUAAGGCUGGCGCCCUCAAUACCUUGCUUCGAGUAUCUGCCAUCAUGACCAAUGCACCAAUCAUCUUGACUCUGGACUGUGACAUGUACUCCAAUGACAUCCAAACACUUCACCGUAUGUUAUGCUACAUUACCGAUUCCCCAAGUCGGCCAAACUUGGGGUAUAUUCAGUUUCCCCAACGCUUUCAUGGCCUGAACGAAGCUGAUAUCUAUGCAUGCGAGCUCAAACGUGUGUUUCAAGUCCAACCAGUUGGAAUGGAUGGGCUCUCCGGGCCUAGUCAUUUCGGAACAGGAUGCUUUUUUCGGGCGUCGGGUUUUUUUGGGGCUCCAUCGUCAUUUCUCCCACCUGAAUUUCCUGAACUGAGCCCGGACCACGUCGUCGAAAAGCCCAUCAAGGCCCAACCUAUUUUGGCACUGGUGCAUCUUGUAGCUGGUUGCAAUUAUGAAAACCAAACCAAUUGGGGUUCCAAGAGGAGUCAAUCCGUGUUUCAAAUCUUAUGGGCUUCAGAUAUGGAUCCUUGGUGGAGAACUACUACACGGGAUAUCGGCUGCAAUGCGAGGGGUGGAACUAACCAGACCAAGCGGUGGUCCGUCGGCCUCCUUGAGGUAGCCUUCUCCAAGUAUUGUCCUGUAACAUUUGGUGCCCAGGCCAUGGGCCCUCUAAUGGGUCUGAAUUAUGCACACUUAGCCUUCAUGCCCAUAUGGUCUAUUCCAAUAACCACUUAUGCAUUCCUACCUCAGCUGGCUCUCCUCAAUAAAGUCUGGAUAUUUCCCAAGGUCUUGGAUUUAUGGUUUGUGUUGCACGUUUUUCUAUUUCUUGGGGCCUAUGCACAAGAUUGCCUUGACUUCAUCUUAGCCGAAGGUACUAUCCAAAGGUGGUGGAGUGAUCAGAGGAUGUGGAUCAUAAGGGGACUUUCACCUUAUUUGUUUGGAUUAAUCGAGUUCGUGACCAAAAACUUGGGUGUCACGACACAGCAAUUCAAUGUAACCAGCAAAGUAGUUGACGAUGAACACAGCAAAAGGUAUGAUCAAGGGACCUUUGAGUUUGGUGUUCCGUCGCCCAUGUUUGUGCCUCUAGCAAUGGCAGCAACAAUCAAUUUGGUCGCGUUCCUCAGGGGACUACUUGAAGUUUGCAGUGGUGGAAAUGUAGAUGGAUCGUUUGUGCAAAUGUUUAUGGCUGGUUUUGGGAUAGUGAAUUGCUUUCCAAUUUAUGAAGCCAUGGUCUUGAGGACUGACAAAGGAAGGAUGCCUAUUAAGACCACCAUCAUUUCUAUAUUUCUGUCAUGGGCUCUUUACACCACAACUUCUCUCAUAAUGAAGAUAUGAAAGGGCUUUCACUGUGGGAGAUUUGAAGAUAGUAUCAUUGUUUUGAAUUUUUCACUCUCUGUGCUAUUAGGCUUCGUUUGUAGUAUACAAUUUGUAGGGUAGAAAGUCUGGCCUGGAUGGUCAUCUAUGUAACGUGCUCAUUUAUCAAAAAUAUUGCAUCAUUUGUUCUUCAUUUGGAAGUCGUGUUUUAAGUUGCCUG